AUGACACCCAGAGCGAUUUUGCCUUCUCGUGGCUCAGAUCUUGCGGCAGGUUUAGAUCUCUCGGCUGCCUAUGACGCCAUCAUUCCAGCAGGCGAUAAAGGAUUGGUUAAAACAGACUUGAUCAUUGCUGUACCAGAUGGAUGUUAUGCUCGUGUAGCUCCUCGCUCUGGUCUUGCACUCAAGAAUUUUAUUGAUACUGGAGCUGGUGUUAUUGAUGCCGACUAUCGUGGCAAUGUGAGUGUACUUCUAUUCAAUCACUCGUCCGACGAUUUCUCCAUCAAACGUGGCGAUCGUGUUGCACAGCUGAUUCUUGAAAAGAUUGAGUACCCAGAGAUUCAGGAAGUAGGCGAGAUUGAGGAGACCGUACGUGGUAUCAGUGGUUUUGGCAGUACUGGAGUUGAUUUGCCGCUUGCUAAGAAGCAACACGUUAUGAGCAAUGGAACGACGGAUAGUAAAGGAGAUGAGGAUUGUAGUCUGCUCUUUAAAGCACUAGAUUUACUAUUUGAAAAAAAGGUUGUAGAUGAUAACACCCAACGUUUGUUGAAAAAGAAGCUCUUUACGGCAUCCGAGCGGCAGUUCAAGCUACUGAUGAAAGCGUUGGGCGAUUACCUUGACGACAAGGACAGUGUCAAAAUCCUCGAGUGGAUAGACGCUUUUCUUGAAGCGAAAUAA